AUGGCCACCGCCUUCAACAACGGCCUCGGCAUGGUCUUGGUCGUCUCCGAGGCGGCGGGCGGAGCGGUCAUGCGCGAGCUCGAGGCGGAAGGCGAGACCGUCUUCAGGGUGGGGAAGCUCGUCAGCAGGGCGGAGAGGGAGAGGGACAAGGAUACCACCGGCUGUGUGCUCCUGAAUCUGGAGUCUUGGGAUGCCAGCGCGGGCGAGCAAUGA